GUACGUUGACCAUGCCCCAUCCUCGUCUCCGUGAGUUUGUAUCUAACAGUGAUUUAGAUAACCUACACGAGAACCAGACAACUAUAACAGUAUAUAUAUAUAGAGCAUAAAGCCACAACAUGGUGUCAGAAGUGGGAGUCACGGAAUAAUUCGAGGACGUUUUUUUUUUACGAUUAGCUAAAAGAGAGAAGUGCUAGCACGAGCGAACAUGGAGCAGUUCAGGCCACCACCACCGUUGAUACUUACCGGGAAUAUGGCUGAAAAUUGGAGAAGAUGGGAACAACGUUUCCAGCUAUACAUGACCGCUUCAGGUGCGUUGGAUAAGGAGGAGACGGUUAAAAUAGCCAUUCUACUCCAUACGGUCGGCGAGGAGGCGCUAGAAGUGUAUAACACGCUCACCAUCGUCCCAGAAGGAGAUGAAAAAACAUUGGAGGAUGUUCUCCGAGCCUUCACGGACUACUGCAGCCCCCGAAAGAACGUGGUUUUCGAACGCCAUCAAUUCUGGUCACACACGAUGUCAGCAGGAAUAUCGGUGGACAGAUUCAUCACAGAGCUACGCCUGAAGAGCAAAGACUGUGAGUUUGGCAGAAAUGAAGAUGACAUGAUUAGGGAUAAAUUAGUGUUUAGCAUAAACGAUAUUCGUCUGAAGGAGAGACUGUUGCGUGAUAAUGCGCUCACUUUGCGCGGAGCCAUGGACACGUGCAGAACUGCAGAGCUCGCAAAGUCACAAAUACAAGCGAUGCAGACAUCACUGGUUGUCCAGGACACCUCAGUAGAUGCUUUAAGGAAAGCAUCAGGGCAAACGUACACGGGCAGCUGGAACAAGAACAAAACCAGCAGCAAGAGGCAAGUAACAACUAUCUGCCAUAAAUGUGGAAACAAGCACGAGCCCCGUCAGUGCCCAGCUUAUGGUGCAGUGUGCCAUAAAUGCGGUAAGAACAACCAUUUCUCUAAGGUAUGUAGAGCUAGCACCGAGAAAAGCAGCAGCUACAAGACAAAGACAGUAAAUACUUUGGAGAGUGAAGUUGACUCCGUAUACAUAGGCGCGGUUGGAAAGUACGAAAAGAAAACAGCUCACCAAGCUAAAAGCACUGCAUGGCAUGAAACAGCCACAGUCAGAGGCGUAGCAAUCAACUUCAAGCUGGACACAGGCGCCGAUGCAAAUGUGCUUCCCAUGCACAUGUUCCAGAAGCUACCGGGUCCCAUUAGGCUACGGCCCACAGAGACUGUGCUGAUUGCAUUUGGUGGAGACCGCCUACCCGCAGAUGGUGUUGCAUCUCUAGAAUGCAGGACGACCAAACAUAGAGCUAUGCUGGACUUUCAUGUGUCAAGCCGUGCUGACAAGCCGAUUCUGGGUGGAGAUGCAUGUGAGGAGCUGCAGCUGGUGAGAAGAGUUGAGGCACUCACAGCAAGAUCCCCACAACCGGGAAAAGCUCCAGCUACCAAAGUGGAGAUGCUACAGAAGUAUGCAGAGGUCUUCACAGGAUUGGGCGAGUUCCCCGGUGUUCAUCACAUACACAUUGACCCCAGCGUCACGCCCGUGAUUCAUGCAUGCCGAAAUGUUCCCCUCUCCAUCAUGGAUUCACUGAGAGAGACACUCAAAGACUUACAGAACAGAAAAGUAAUAGUCCCUGUCAAUGAACCGACAGAAUGGGUCAACAGUCUUGUUGCCACAAAGAAAAAGAACGGUGCGCUAAGGGUGUGUUUGGAUCCUUGCAACCUGAAUGAAGCAGUUAAGCGUCAACACUAUUCCAUUCCAACACCGGAAGACGUGCGCAGCAGAUUAGCGGGAAAAUCCAUCUUCUCCAUCCUGGAUGAGAAGGACGGAUACUGGCAGAUCAAGCUAGAUGAGCCAUCGUCUAAGCUAUGCACCUUCAAUACGCCGUGGGGCCGGUUCCGCUUCCUCAGACUCCCAUUCGGGAUCAGGUCUGCCAGUGAAGUGUUUCAACAGAAGAAUUGCGAGACCUUCGGCGACAUUCCAGGUGUGUUCAUCAUAGCAGACGACAUGAUCAUCGCAGCGUCAUCAGAGCAGGAACAUGAUGACAUUCUGCACAAAGUGUUGGAGAGAGCAAAGACCGCACAUGUGAAAUUUAACAAAGACAAGAUCCAGUUCAAAAUUGACACAGUAAAGUAUAUGGGACACAUUAUCACGGCAGCAGGGCAGAAGGCCGACGACACAAAGAUCAAAGCAAUUGUUGAUAUGCCAACCCCAGAAGACAAACAAAGUCUCCAACGGCUGCUGGGAAUGACAAAAUUCCUGGCACAGUAUAUCCCGAAUGAAGCCUCACUUACAGCACCCCUCAGACAGCUGCUUAAGAAGGAUGUAGUUUGGCAGUGGUGCCCACACCACAGCUCAGCGCUGCAGACACUGAAGUCCAUCCUCACACAAGCCCCAGUGCUGAGGUACUACGACCACAAGCAGCCGCUGACUCUACAAGCUGAUUCCUCAAAAGACGGACUGGGAGCUUGUCUGCUGCAGGAUGGCCACCCAGUGUGCUAUGCCUCACGAGCGCUCACCGACACAGAAAAGAGGUACGCGCAGAUAGAGAAAGAGUUGCUGGCCAUAGUGUUUGCCGCUAAGAGAUUCCACCAGUAUGUCUACGGAAGGCCAGUAACUGUGCAGUCGGAUCACAAGCCCCUGGAGGUUAUUGUGCGCAAGCCACUGAGCAAAGCACCUGCGCGGCUGCAAGGAAUGCUUCUACAACUGCAGAGGUAUGAUCUGCACGUAACAUACACACCAGGAAAGCACAUGCACAUUGCCGACACACUCUCACGUGCAACUGCAUGCAGCGAAGGUGAAAACCUUAACGAGAACCCCUGUGAUGAGAGAGUUGUGUAUGCCUUGGAAGCCACUGAUUCCUUGAGCGAGGAAACACUCAACCGACUGAAAAAGGCAACGGCAGCAGAUAGCGUGUUACAAGCGGUGUGUGAGAAACACAGGAAAGGCUGGCCCACGAAAAAGAAAAGUGUGGACAGGAAACUACACGGCUACUGGUCUGUCAAGGACGAUAUAAGCAUUGAGAAUGACAUUGUCAUGGUCAGAGACAAAAUCAUCAUACCCCAGAGCUUCAGGAGUAUAAUUCUGGAGAAGCUGCAUCUUGCUCACCAAGGAGUGCAGCGCACAAAAGCCAAAGCAAGAAAAUCCCUCUACUGGCCUGGCAUGGCACGAGACAUCGAGGCAAUGGUGGAGAAGUGCAUGCAGUGCCAGCAGCUACAGCCCAAACAUCAGGCUGAGCCGCUCAUACCACAUCAGAUUCCAGAGCUGCCAUGGAUGAAGGUCGGAGCCGACAUCUUCGAGCUACAUGGUCAGUCAUAUCUGUUGUUGGUUGAUUACCUGACCAAAUAUCCUGAAGUGCUUAACCUGCCUGAUAAGACAGCUUACACAGUGAUCCAGAAGAUGAAGUCUGUUUUUGCCAGGCACGGGAUUCCUAGGGAGAUAGUGAGUGAUCAUGUCCCAUUUGCGAGUUAUGAGAUGAAGUCAUUUGCAGCUUCAUGGGAAUUUAAACUCACACACUCCAGCCCAGGUUUUCCCUCUUCAAAUGGAAUGGCUGAGAGAGCCAUAAAGACUGUGAAACAUGCGCUGAAGAAGGCAAGGCAGACCGGCACCGACCCACAUCUAGUGUUGCUGUCACUGAGAAACACACCGGUGACAGGACUGAAAGAGUCACCUGCACAGAUGUUGAUGGGAAGAGUUCUACGGAGCACACUUCCAUGUUCCAGUGCUGUGCUGACACAGUCAGUCCCAAUGCAUCUUCACAGCAAAAUACAGAACCUACAGUUCCGCCAAAAGGAACACUACGAUCAGCGUGCAAAGCCCCUGCCAGUGUUGACCUCAGGAGACACCGUACACAUGCACACACGGCGUGGCUGGGAGCCUGCUGUUGUCGUCCGACAACGAGAUGAACCACGCUCCUACACUGUGCUGACGCCGGCAGGUAGAACGCAAAGGAGAAACCGGCGACAUCUGAGGAAGAUACACCCGAGUCUGUUCAUAGACACUGAUCGCGAUGAACAGCUGGACUCAGAGGUGCAACCCUCUCAAGCGCCUGCGUCAGUGGACUCACCACCACAUGACCUGCCACCACACAACCCUCCUCCUGUGACUACGAGUAGUCCACCCACAUGCUACACAAGGAGUGGCAGAGCGGUCAGACGCCCUGCCAGAUUCAGCAUAAAGCCACAACAGACAGGGCCUGCCGCUGAGGAAGAGGUUGAGCCCACAGUAGUGCCGUCCUCGGAGCAAACCGGUGGAACUUCCUGCUUUGAAAAGACUGCAGAAGAGGAGAGCGCGGGGGCAGAGGAGGACAGCGAAGAAGAACGAGAGAAAAGAGAUUCAUCUCCAGAUUUUUCCGCCCAACUUCACCAUCUUCCCGACACGGAGGAUUCCUCAUCAAACAUUUUCAGAACAUCUGCAGCCAAUAACCCUCCGAAUGGAUCCACCUGCGCCGCAGCCACUGUCUCCCCGAGCUCCCCCGCUGACAAGCAGGUCCAGAUGCCGCCGCUCUUCAGCGGCCUGAGGGUCCUCCGGAAGGGGGUGGUCGGGCCCGAGCACGACACCGUGGCCCAGAUCAAACCUCCAUCUCAUGGAACAACAGGGGACACUUCCCCCGAGAAGGAGGCGGAAGCUGAAGGUCAGGCGAGCUUGCUGGACCAGAUCUCCCAAUUGCUGAACAGGGAAAAGAGAGGGGACGACAAGGAGGACAUGAUGGAAACGGAGGCUGAGGGGCAUCAGGAGGAGAUGGAGGAGAACCACGUUGGAGAAAGUCACGAGGGGGAGAAGAAGCUUGAAACCGGGGAGGGUGCUGGGGCUUCAUUUGAGUCUACGAAACUCUCCGUUUCCAGUGCAGAAGCUGCGUUUGAUGCAUUCAAAGCUUUCUUUACCCCAAAGCCUUUGAAGAAGGACCCAACUCAGAAGGUGGACCUGGAUGCAGUGAGGAGGAAGAUAAGAGCAGACAAAGAUAAGCUAAGAGCACUUUUUGAGAAAACCUCCAACAAGACUCCCGAGAAGAAAGAACCACCCGAUGGCAAAUCAGAAGCAUUUACCCCAGAGGGAGAGGAAAGAACUCCCGGUCGCCUACAAGCCGUCUGGCCGCCACUUAAAGAGGAAAAAGUUGGGCUGAAAUACACAGAAGCAGAGCACCAGGCUUCUCUCCUGCACCUGAAGAGAGAAUGCAAAGAGGAGCUGGAGAAGCUACAGGAGGACUUAGGUCUGGAACUCUCCAGACUGAGGGUGGAGAACGAGGACAACGUCUCCCGUCUGGCGGAGCUGCGGGCCCAACUCUCCCGGGUCGGCACGCUCCGCCGCGGGGAACUCAAAGACGUCGCAGUGUCAACUGCAGACGACUUUUUACACAAAUCCUUCCGCACGGUUUGCAUCCAGACCGACCGGGAGACAUUUGUUAGGUCUCCCGAGGGCGGAGGAGACUCGGGGAGGGUCUCCGCCGGCACUCAGCAGCAGAAGCUGACCCCCAAAAAGCUGGAUCUGGUUUCUGUCGGCCUCAGCCUGGCCAGUCAGAGGGAAGAAACCUCCUCCUCAACACAUGAAGCUCCAUCCCAAACUCGUCCUCCACCUGCAGUCACGUUGCCUCUUUUAGAACAACUUCCUGCUCCUUCUCUGGCCACCAAAACAGACAAUCUGUCUCCUCCUCCUCCUCCUCCUCCACCUCCUCUUCUGCCAUGUUUGCCUCCACCCUUAAACCACAUGCAGCUGUCAAAUGGCCCUCCACCACCUCCACCACCACCCCCUCCACCAUCCAUGCCAGGCUUUGCUCCCCCGCCACCUCCUCCUCUGGUUGGAGGUCUUAUUGUUGAAAAACCUCCCAGGAAACCGACAGUGGAGCCUUCCCAACCCAUGAAGCCUCUUUACUGGAACAGAAUCCAGAUCCAGGACACCAAGAACAAGACAAUGUGGAAUAUGUUAGAGGAACCAAAUAUAAUAAACCCCAGCGAGUUUGAGAAUCUCUUCGCCAAAGCCAGCACACCGACCACGAAGAAGCCGCUGUCAGAGGCUUACCAGAAGAAGGCCAAAGACAGGAAGAUCAUCAAGCUGCUGGACAGUAAGCGCUCUCAGGCCGUGGGCAUACUCAUAUCGAGCCUGCACCUGGAGAUGAAGGACAUACAACAAGCCGUACUGGCAGUGGACCACUCCGUAGUGGACCUGGAGACUGUGGAAGCGCUGUAUGAAAACAGAGCGCAGCCGGAGGAACUGGAGAGAAUCAAGAAACACUACGAGACGUCAGAAGAAGAGGAAGUUAAACUGCUGGACAAACCCGAGCAGUUCCUUUAUGAGCUGUCUCAGAUCCCUGACUUUGAGGGCAGAGCUCACUGCAUCAUCUUCCAGUCAGCCUUCGUCGAUGGGAUCGCGCUGAUCCAAACAAAGCUCAACACGGUCUCCUCUGUUUGCAAGGCUCUGCUGGAGAGCGACGGUGUGAUGGAUGUGAUGGGGCUGGUGUUGGCUCUGGGGAACCACAUGAACGGAGGCAACAGGACCAGAGGUCAGGCAGACGGCUUUGGUCUGGACAUUCUGCCUAAACUGAAGGAUGUCAAGAGCAGAGACAAUCGUAUCAGCCUGGUGGACUAUGUAGUGUCGUACUACCUGCACAACGUGGACAAGAACGCCGGCACAGACAACAGUAUGUUCCCACUUCCUGAACCUCAAGAAGUCUUCCUGGCUGCACAGGUCAAGUUUGAUGACCUCAACAGAGACCUGAGACAGCUUGGACGCGCUCUGACAAGAUGUGAGAAAGAUGUGCAGAAGGUUUGCUCCGUUUCCCUUGAAGAACACCUGCAGCCGUUUAAGGGAAAGAUGGAGGCUUUUGUUCUCAGCGCACAAAAGGAACACGCAGAAGCUUCGCAUCAGUUGAUGACGGUACAAAACAGUUUUCAGGACUUGGUUCUGUUCUUUGGACUGAAGCCCAAGACAGGAGAGCAUGAGGUGACCACCGGUCAUCUCUUCAUGCUCUGGUUUGAGUUUUGUGCAGACUUUAAGACCAGGUGGAAGAGGGAGAACAAGAACAUCUCUACGGAGAGAUUAAAAGAGGCUCAGCUGUCAGUGAAGAGGAUCACAUCAGAGAAGAAGGUGGAGACCAGAAAGAUCAACCCCAACAGCUUAAAAGACAGAAUUCGUCAGAAAGAAGCAAACAUGUUCUCAACAUAAGAGUCUGGAGAGAGACUGUCUAAAAUGCUAUUUUAAUAGAAAAUCAUUGUUUCUUUUACCAGACAAUAAAAUAUUGUCAUCAUUUACAGAUUUUUGUUUUGUUUUAAAAUUCGCUCCUUAAAAUGUGCU